GUCCUCAUUGAGGAUACAGAUCAGCUGUGGCACAAUCACUGCCUCCGAGACUUCAAGAACGAGAAGCCAGAGGAGUUUGAGUCCUGGCGGGAGAUGUACCUGCGGCUGCACGACGCGCGGGAGCAGCGCCUGCUCAUGCUGGCCAGGAACAUCGGCUCGGCCCACGCCAACAAACCCAAAGGUAGAGUGGCCAAAAUGGCAUUUGUGAACUCUGCAGCGAAGCCCCCGCGGGACGUACGACGGAGGCAAGAGAAGUUUGGAACUGGAGGACCUCUGCUGCCAGAGAAGACCAAAAUAAAACCAGUCCUGUACACAUCUGGCAAAAGCCAGAGUCGUGUGAGCGAGGAGCAGUCCUACGAUGGGCCCAGCACCAGCAGUGCCCACUCUGUCCCAGCUUCAAGUAGCACCUUCUCCUCCUACGACCCCAGGAAACCACCAGUGAAGAAAAUUGCACCCAUGAUGGCAAAGACUAUCAAAGCUUUCAAAAACAGGUUCUCUAGGAGAUAAGUUUGCAGUGCAGAUCUGGGACUUGCCUGCUCGUGGGGGAGUGGCACUGACAGGGCAGAAGGUACCCAAACAGCCCUUGUCUUUGAACUCUUCGGAGGCUGCAGCUCCUGGGAGAAGCUUCGAUCUGCACAAGACAACAGCACAGUAUUUUAUCUUUUAUUCUGGUCCCUUUCUCAGUGUCAAGCCCCUCUC